CUUUUUGUUUCCUGAAGGCAUCAACACGUUCAGCGAGCGCGAUGACGAUCACACGCGUCGAAUGAAAAGCAAAGGACAAGUCCGUUCUUACUAACAACUCCUAUUUCACUAACAACUCCUUACUUACUAACAACUCCUGUAAUUUUUCAUUGCUGGAGGGGUUUCCCCCCCCUACCUGAAAAUCCUGGCUCCACCUCUGAGUGUGUGACAGUGUCAAGUUUGUAUUUGCAUUAACUCUAUUGAGCACAGAGGUUAUAUCAAAACAGUAGUUUAUUUUAGUUUUCCUCUGGAACUCUUUGUAAGAAUGGAGUCAGGAAGUGAUCACAGCACACACGUGCAGCAGCUGAAGUCGGAACUGCUCAUCCCAGCAAUCAAGGACAUCUGUGCCUGGCUUCACACCUAAAUUGCGAUUGAACAUUAAUUUAUGCAUUUGUGCAGAACACAAAUAGUAUUAUUUUCAACACCCUUUUUCUAUGUCAGCUGAAUUUAGCUUUCAUAAACAUUUAUUUAGAAGCCAAACAGCUGAAAUUGUGUGCUGAGUUUUGGGUUAACGUUUAUUUUGAAGAUACGAGGGCUUCCAGGCAUGUUUAUGACCAUUUGGCCUCUCAUUGUGUGCCAUAACAGCCCGUGUGAUGAAUUUGGGACACUUUUUUUUUUACUAUAUCAUAAAUAUAUGAAUAACUAUAGACGUGUAAGUCACGUGUGACUGUGUAUAUGCAUUCCUCUGUGCCUCGAUACUGAUGUGUAGAUGGUGUGGAUAUUCUUUGUUUCUGUCUGCAGCUAUCGCUGCCUCUGCAGAAGUGGUCUGAUGGAGCAAAGGCUCUCGGCGCGGCUCGGUGCAAAAAGGCAACAAUGCGACCGGUGUGCAUACAGCACGGAUAGUCCUGAACAUUUGACACGGCACCAGAGAACUCACACAGGAGAGAAACCCUUCAAGUGCAGUGUGUGUGGGAGGGCGUUUACACGUUCAGCUCAUCUUGUAAAACACCAAAGAACACACACAGGAGAAAAACCCUUCAAGUGCAGUGUGUGUGGGAAGGCGUUUACACGUUCAGCUCAUCUUGUAAAACACCAAAGAACACACACAGGAGAGAAACCCUUCAAGUGCAGUGUGUGUGGGAGGGCGUUUACACGUUCAGCUCAUCUUGUAAAACACCAAAGAACACACACAGGAGAUAAACCCUUCAAGUGCAGUGUGUGUGGGAAGGCGUUUGCACGUUCAUCUGCUCUUGUAACACACAAGAGAACACACACGGGAGAGAAACCCUUCAAGUGCAGUGUGUGUGGGAAGGCGUUUGCACAUUCAUGUGCUCUUGUAACACACAAGAGAACACACACGGGAGAGAAACCCUUCAAGUGCAGUGUGUGUGGGAAGACAUUUUUACAUUCAUCUGCUCUUGUAACACACCAGAGAACACACACAGGAGAGAAACCCUUCAAGUGCAGUGUGUGUGGGAAGGCGUUUGCACAGUCACCACAUCUUCAAAGACACCAGAGAACACACACAGGAGAGAAACCCUUCAAGUGCAGUGUGUGUGGGAAGGCGUUUGCACAGUCAUCUGGUCUUGUAGAACACCAGAGAACACACACGGGAGAGAAACCCUUCAAGUGCAGUGUGUGUGGGAAGGCGUUUGCACAAUCAUCUCUUGUAACACACCAGAGAACACACACGGGAGAGAAACCCUUCAAGUGCAGUGUGUGUGGGAAGGCGUUUGCACUUUCAUCAAAUCUUAAAAAACACCAGAGAACGCACACGGGAGAGAAACUCUUCAAGUGCAGUGUGUGUGGGAAUGCGUUUGCACAUUCAUCUUCUCUUAUAACACACCAGAGGUCACACACAGGAGAGAAACCCUUGAAGUGCAGUGUGUGUGGGAAGGCGUUUGCACGUUCAUCGACUCUUAAAAAACACCAGAGAACACACACGGGAGAGAAACCCUUCAAGUGUAGUGUGUGUGGGAAGGCGUUUGCACUUUCAUAUACUCUUGUUGCACACCAGAAAACACACACGGGAGAGAAACCGUUCAAGUGCAGUAUGUGUGGGAAGGCGUUUGCACAGUCACCACAUCUUCAAAGACACCAGAGAACACACAAGCAUCAGAAGAUCCACCAGGAGUGGAGUCUGAAAUCAGCUUGUGAAAGUCAAAGUGCUGCAAUGAGCCCAUCCCUUAUCAAACAAGAACCGGAAAAGAAUCCCAGCUUGGACACUUUUAAAGGUAACGAGGUGAAAUAUGAAGAGGUGAAGGUGAAAUGUGAAGACGUGAUGGUGAAGAGCGAAGAAGUGAAGGUGAAAUGUGAAGACGUGAUGGUGAAGAGCGAAGAAGUGAAGGUAAAAUGUGAAGAUGAAGAUUCAACUCCAAAAUGGGACCUUCACAUCGAUGGAGGCAACGUGAAGCAGGAGGAGAAUUCUGACAGUGAGGCAGAGCGAGGCAACUUCCAGCAGUUUGUGGAAGUGGAGGUGUGGGUGGACUUCCUCCGAGACAAUACAAAGUCAAAUGGAGACCCGGUAGAUGUGUAAGCCAGAGACGAUGUCGCUCCAAUAGAUGCACCUUUACUAUGGGGACCUCAUUUGCCAGUAAAAAUAUGAUAAUUGGUUCUUUUACCCUUCUAUCUGGCAAAUGAGGUCCCCAUAGUGUAGAUGCUUGCCCCGAGCUCUCAUACUCUGAUGGUGCAUUGUCCUUGAGUUGUGCGCCUUUUGGCGUCAUCUGGUCCAACCCAUAUGAGACUAGGCUCGAAGGAAAGCUGUCUCGGGUGUGGACCAAUCAACUUCAAGGACAGUGCACAUUAUCAGAGUUAUGUUCUUUUGUUUGUAUUAUGACUGCAGGUAUUGCGGUCUAUGCAAACAUGACUCCUUGCAAAAAGGUGUCAGUUUUGUUGCCAGAUAGAAGGGUAAAAGAACCAAUUAUCAGAUGCACCUUUGUCACAGGCCUUGAAUGACAAAAAUGUGAAGUUGAACACUCGGUUCCUAGGUUCAACCUGCAGGGUAAGAGCGGCCAGUCUUUGUGGACCUGUGUGUUGGGUAGAUCUCUAACCAGGAGUGGGAGCCAAUAAGCUCCAAAGCAUUCACUGUUAUAAAUUGCAUUUAUAUGGUGCUUGCUUAAUCGCCUCGGCAACUCGGAGUUUUGUAUCGUAUCUCGUUUCAAACACUCUAAGAGCAUCUCCAAGUAGCAGCUGCCCCUGUGUGGCACAAGGUGGUGGCCCUGCACCGGCCUGCAUGUGGACAAAAGCCUGUCAGUAGGGGGCGAUGGUUGAUGUGGCAUCUUGGUUGUGGAGUUUGUAGGUAAUGUUUGGAAUUUGCUAAAUGUUGACCCAGAUGCCAGCAUGCAAUGGCCGACUCGUUUUGAAUGGUGCAUUAGUAUGUUGUACAUACACUGUUAAGCAGACGGUGCAUAUUUUUUUUAAUUAGCUUCUUGUUAAUAUGAUGUAACCUGAUUCAGUAUAUUUCAGUGCAGUAAUUCAAUUUUGUUAAUAUGCCUGUCAAUAAUUUAGAAUGAAUACUUGUCUGAUGGUGUGCGUACAUGUAACCUUUUGUCUAUAAGCGUCAAACAUUGAAUAAGUCAUGUUAGUGUAGUGCCGUAGAUGGGCCACACUUACUGGCAGUGGUGGACAGGGCCCAUCUGCAGG